GGCGAAAACACGUAGCAAAUUUAUUUGUAUGCGUUAUACUUAUGCAUGUAAAAUUGUAAAUGUUGUUCGGUGGUGUGUAAUUAAUUAUCCUGCCAUACUUAAAGAUCACCGCCACUUUGAUAGAUCAAGAUAGACUUAUGGAAACAACCACAGUGUUUUUAACUGUCCUCGCCUGACAUUGCAAAAUCUGAAGCAAGCUGUUUCCCAUUGGUUCAGCUGGAAUCUGGGUUGAGGUGAUAAGUAUAAAUCGUUGCCCUGAUUGUCAAAGUUCAGGGGUGUUUCAGUAUCACUGAGCGGUUUUCUGCUCAGAUAUCUCCCAUUGCGGCUGCUGUGUACCUCUGGUCCCGGGUGCCGCCCACGGCUGCCACUGCAGCAGUGCCUGUAUAGACCAUAUUCCACCCAGCAGCCCAGCGGAGCGGCGCCCGGGCCCCUCCGCCACACACCCCGGUCCGAGUGGCGACCAUGGAGCAGCGGCGGCGGCUCCGCGGGCUGCUGUCCCUGCUGGUCGCUCUACUAGUGUCCGCACCAGCCGGCGCCUUCUACGUGCCGGGCGUGGCUCCGGUAGAGUUCGAGGCCGGCAGCCCGAUCAAGGUGCAGGCCAUCAAGCUGACCAGCACCCACACCCAGUUGCCGUAUGACUACUACAGUCUGCCGCUCUGCCGGCCCAAGAACGGCACGCUCGUCUACAAGUCCGAGAACCUGGGUGAAGUGCUGCGCGGAGACCGGAUCGUGAACACGCCGUACGAGGUGCACAUGAAGAAGGACGUGGCCUGUCAGGUGCUAUGCAACUCGUUCGACAACCCCAUGUCGUGGACCAAGGAGGAUACGAACGAGGUCAUCAGUCGCAUCCAGCACGAGUACACGGUCCACCUGCUGGUGGACAACCUGCCGUGCGCGACGCGUUUCCAGCUGGUGGACUCUGAUGACGAGCAGCUGGAUCGCGGCUACCGACUGGGCUCGACCAGCGAGAACGGCGACGAGACCUACAUCAACAACCACCUGCGCCUGGUGCUCUACUACCAUACAGAGGAUAAUCUCUCGUUCCGCGUGGUUCGGUUCGAAGUGGAGACCCGCUCGGUAGACCAGGCCGAACAGACUCCCGGCGGCUGCUCCAUCCCCAAGGAGGCCAAGAAGAAACAGCUCAUUAAGGACACGGAGACGAGGCUGCUGUUUACGUACAGCGUGGAGUGGCGGCAGUCCUCUGUGCGCUGGGCGUCUCGCUGGGACGUCUACCUGGCCAUGUCGGACGUGCAGAUCCACUGGUUCAGCAUCGUCAACUCAGUGGUGGUCGUCCUGUUCCUCUCUGGUAUCCUCACGAUGAUCAUCAUCCGAACGCUGCGUCGCGACAUCGCCAAGUACAACCAGGACGACAGUCUGGAGGAAGCCAUGGAGGAGACCGGCUGGAAGCUGGUGCACGGAGACGUCUUCCGGCCCCCGCAGCGUGCCAAACUGUUCUGCGCGCUGGUCGGCAGCGGCGUACAAAUCUACCUUAUGGCUCUGGUCACCAUCUUCUUCGCUACGCUCGGCAUGCUCUCGCCGUCAUCGCGUGGGUCUCUGAUGACGGCUGCCAUCACGCUGUACAACUUCAUGGGCGUGCUGGGCGGCUACUUCUCCGGCAGGCUGUACAAGACGAUGAAGGGCAAGAUGUGGAAGUCGACGGCGCUGUGGACCGGGGUGCUGUACCCGCUGGUGGUCUCGUCCAUCGUGGUCUUCCUCAACUUCUUCGUGUGGGGGAAGCGGUCGUCGGGCGCCAUCCCGUUUACAUCGAUGCUCUCUGUCCUGGCCAUGUGGUUCGGCAUCUCGGUGCCGCUUGUCCUGCUCGGUUCGUACGUGGGCUUCCGUAAGCCGCCGUACGAGCAUCCGGUGCGCACCAACCAGAUUCCUCGCCAGGUGCCCGAACAGGCCUGGUACCUGCACCCCAUCUUCUGCUCGCUGCUGGCGGGUGUGCUGCCGUUCGGAGCCAUGUUCAUCGAGCUCUUCUUCAUCUUCUCCGCCAUCUGGGAGAACCAGUUCUACUACAUGUUCGGCUUCCUGUUCCUGGUCUACAUCAUCCUGACCAUCAGCUGCAGUCAGAUCAGUAUCGUGCUCGCCUACUUCCAGCUCUGCGGAGAGGACUACCACUGGUGGUGGCGCAGCUUCGUCGUCUCGGGCGGCUCGGCCAUCUACGUCGGCGCCUACUCGUUCUUCUACUUCUUCACCAAGCUGGAAAUCGACGAGUUUGUGCCCACACUGCUCUACUUUGGCUACACGGCGAUCAUUGUGAUCACGUUCUGGCUGCUGACGGGCACUAUCGGAUUCUGGGCCGCCUACACGUUCAUCAAGAAGAUCUACGGCGCCGUCAAGAUCGACUAAGUGCGCCGAGUAGUGGCUUUACUGGCCCUCUGAAACGUCAGAGCAGGCAUUGACAGAACCAGUAGCGGGCUCAGACCUACCUGAGCUCACUGAAGCUACUGAGAACUUGAGCUGCACUGAAAGAAAGGCAGAGGAAUGAGAAUGUCUGCACAUGUCGAGGGCUGCGGAUGGUGUGAAGGCCCGUGUCUUGGUGUGUCUCAAAACGUGAGUGUAUUGUGGCUCCCAUGGACGAACUGUCACGUGCAUCGCCUCGCGCUCAGAGGCUGCACGGCCGUUGCUAAGGAGCGAUUCUAUCUCCCUGAGAUGGAUUUGGCUCCGGCCCCGCGCUGGGGAUGGCCGACUAACCCCGACCUCGGUGGGUCCGCCAGGCGGUCACGACCCGGCCGAGUGACCGAUCGGGUCUGAGCCGGUCUGUCACCACCGAGACCUACGGUCCCACGUCACCAACACCGUGACGUUUUGAGUCAUCGUGACGGCGUGCGUCAUCGGCCGGCGCCCGUGCCAGCGAUGGCAUGCAGUCGAGCCGAACCGGAGCGGGGUUAAUGCGGCGGCGACCGGCCGAGAUGGGGUGGCAGCCGCUCCUCCCGUGCAGAUGGCGCUAGCUGUCCUAUCGGGAAGCCAGCGAGGCUAGAGACGCGUUAUAACCGACUGUGGUGACGGGUGGGGCGUGCGGCGUGAUCACAGAGUGCCACGGGAGACGUACUGUGGCCUAAUGCCACGGAGAUGUGAGCGAGAGAACGGCGACCUUUUCUGGCGUGUGUCCGCGCAACUAAAUCGUAAUCGUUUAUAUCCUCUAAGGUUUGCGUCCGACGUGUGUGUGAGGCUCGUCGGGUGAAAUGGGAAGCCCGACUGGCACAGGCUAGGGCACAAUGAGUCUUAUCGUUGUUACUGAUUAUGUUUCACCGUGAUUGUUUUGCGUUUGGAAGACACGGGCCGUGGUCUAUGGGGUGCACGGGGACCAGAGGUCCAUAUUCCAUCCUUGUUUCGCGCCCCGUUUUAUGGAUGAGCCUAAUUAAGUGCGUGUGUGUCCAUUGGUCGCUGUUUCGGUUUCACGGUGCCGUUUCACUCUUGGUUUGUCCAUGUGCGCUUGCCCACGGGGUUAUUUAAGUGACUGAGAAAACGGCUUUGACAUGUUAUUGGCUCGGAAUAAAUUAGCUCGUGAA